UCAUGUUAUACAGUACAUAUAUACGUACAUAUAGAUGUUAUUUUAUUUGUGUUUUGUAGGUCGUCAGUGGGAGAUGACAUAUUGGGAAGUAUCUUAAGGAAAAUGGACGAACAGGAAGCCAGAAUUCUACGACUGGAAACAAUGUUGUCAGAAAAUGUCGGGGCAUUGAGAAACAAAGACAACCAGAUUCAAAAUCUGAAGAUGCGUGUAGCUGAUCUGGAAUCUAAAAUGAGACCAGAAAAGUCAAUAAGAAAGGAGCGGUCUCUAGCCAACCCUACCAGGAGUGACCAACAGACCCAAUCUGACACUGUGGCUAACCGUUUGAAUGUGAACACAACUGUGGCUAACGGGACAAACAAUGGAAAUGUCAAUAAUCAUGGGCAUCAACAAGAAUCUUCUCAUGACGAAAUCUACACUGUAAAAUCUCAGGGAGAACAACAAAAAACAGAAACCAGUGGAUCUACUGAACCUAGGACAUGGUCGAAUCGGGUCGGCCCUGCAAUCCAGCAUAACAACGUAGCCUUUAGUGUAUCAAUGUCUGGCGACACCUACCUUCAAGCGCACGAAAUACUUCUGUACAACAAGGUCAUCGUUGACAACACCAACAUGUUCAAUACCAGAACCGGGAUGUUUCUUGUUCCCGUCAGUGGGGUUUACGUGUUCACGUGGUCAAGCACCAGUGGACACUAUGGUGCUGGUGCUGUAUGGACGUCUCUCAGAAUUGAUGGUGUAUCAAAGUGUGCUACGUUUGCUGAUUCGUUUACUGGUGCCGACUAUGAGAGCAGUACUGGUCUUAUAGUGAUAAAUGUUAAUCAAGGCGUAUCUGUUUAUAUCAGAGCAGAAGGACACGGGAAUAUGUUGAGCAAUAACUAUACCCUAUCGACAUUCUCUGGUUGGCGAUUGUUCUAAAUAUACCCUUUUAAAUAAGGCAAACCAAUGAAAUUAAACGUCAAAAAACAUCAUUGAUCACAAA